UCGUUAUCGCGUGGUGAUGCAUUGGUUCAUUAUAACCUGGGUUCCCGGCGCCCGUCCGCUCGUUGUUGAACGUUAAACUAUUAAAUUGUUGCGAUUUGCUAUGACAGCACGACGUUCGUGAUCAUCUGUCCCUAAACAAAAACACCAUCAAAGUCCGUUAAUGACGACAACGCCCGAUCUUUCAACCUGCGUUUUUUGCGUGUUUUCCUCGCCACGAACGGUCCGACGUCCACCGCCGCCGCCGUAGAGACUAGCUAGAUUUUCUAUCCGCGUCUUUGUUUUUCGACGUGGAUCGAUACCAAUCAUCUCGAGAGCCCCGUUCAUAAACAUCCGGUAAAAUUUUUCGUGUCGUGUUUUGCGUUUUGUUUUGUUUUUUAUUUUUUUUUAUUUUCACAACCUUCGGUUUUUUACUGUUGAUGCUGCUCCUCAUAUCGUCGUAAACGUUAAGUGAUUUUUACUUCGCACUUUACCAUUCAGCCCGUUAUUAUUGUAAUAAUUGUGCAAUAACCGCCUCCCCGACACUCGAACUUCAUAUUUUUACAAUGGAGAGUGCUGCCGUAACCACAAAAGGAGAAGACACUGCCCCCGUCGUUGCUGACGCUACCGACAAUACCACUACCACAAUCGCUACCGAUGCGUUAAAUCCGAUAGCAGUGACUAAUGAAAUUGAUCCAUCUAUUAAGUCAGACAAGGAAAUGAUUAUGACAACUAACGAUGUUGAACAUGUGGCGGUGGUCAGUGAUCUAGCUGUUGUGUCAAAUGAAUCUACAAUUACUACUGUUAAAGCCACUAGUGAAAAUUCCAAAGUUGAAGAAGAUCAAUUAAAUACAGCUAUGGCAUCUACAACAAUAUCAACUGAUAAGGUAGAUGAGAUUAAACAGAAUCAAGAUGAAACAGCUUUGGACGAGCAACAGAAACCCGUGACAGCUACGGUUGAAAAAGAAAUUGUAAUCAAUGAAAACUCGGAUGCAAAUCUAGAUAUCUCAAUAAAAUCAAAAUCAGAGUAUGAUGAAAUAAUUAACUCAACAAUUGGUAGUGGAUUUGAAGAUGCUGUUGAGUAUAUGAAUAAUGAUGAAGAAGAUAGUGUUGUAAAAGAACAGCCUCGAGAUGUAAUUCAACAAGAAAAUGUUCCCGAUAAUGAGACCAGUUCACAACAAGAAGUAGAGGGAGGUGACGGUGAAGAAAACUCUAGUGAAGAAAACAAAGAUCCUUCAGCACCUGCAGAACCUGUAGUACCUGUGCCUGUGGAUGAUGAUACUAAUGAUCCACAAUACAUACCCAGACGUGGAAGAUUCUAUGAACAUGAUGACCGUAUGGCUUAUAGUACAACAAGCUCUGAAGGAUCAGAAUCAGAUAAUGGAUAUGAAGAAGAUUCAGGAGACGAUGAUGGAGUUGUUUCUGAUCGUCGCCGUAUUAGAAGACGACAUACCGGCAUUAAAAAACCAAAAUCAGUGAUCCCAGUAGAUACAGCUGAAAAUACUGCUUUAGCUGCUGGAGAUGGAACAUCGUCUACUAAAAAAGUCUUGGCUAUAUCUAAGGUUGCUGCUACAGCAAAAGACUCUGAAACUUCUGUAACUGCUGGUGGAUCGGCAAAAAAACCUAGUGUAGGUUCUAGAAAAUCCCGUGAUUUAGAUGCUUUGGAUAAAUGGACACACGAUUUGUAUGAUGAAAACGAACAGACACGUAAAAGCCGUGAUGAAUUACUGGCCUCAUAUGGAUAUGACAUAAGGGAAGAAUCAGAGGCACCUCGAGCUCGACGUCACCAUAAAUAUGGGCGAGCUGCCACUACCAAAUAUACUCGUAAUUGGCAAGAUACAAAAGCUUACAUUGGUACUGCUGGUGGGCAGCAGUCUAUGAAAGUAAAGCGUGGGGGUAUGGCUCGACGCAGUGUUGGCGGUCCAAAUAAGAAUAUAAAGAAAUCUACAGCUGAUGAUUAUACCUCUGAAUUCCCUGCUUUGGAUAAUUCAAAGAAAUCUGAGCCUAAUUCUUCAACUGUGUCUUCCACAGAUGUAGAAGUUUCAGUCCAGAAUCACGAACAACAACCAAAAACUCCUGUUCAGAAUGAAGAAAAAAAGACAAAUGUUGGAGCUGUGGAAACUGGCCAAGCUCGACAUCACACUUCAUCCCGAGCAAUCUCAAAAUCUAAUACAACUUCUCCUGCAAAUCGAAACAAUCGUCAAGAUCAGCUAAAUGGUGGGCCUUCUUCAUCUUCAUCAACUAAUAAUAAAAACUAUUUCAAUCGGUCUUCAACUGAGUCUCCAAUUAGUAAAGAAAAAGGUGCUCAAGUAAAUCGAGACUCUCCUACAGCACCUAAUUCAAACUUUUUUAAUCGAAGACCACAACAAAGUAGUAGUAGCCAUAAUCAACAUCAAAAUUUUAAGCAACAACACUUUAAUAACAGUCAAGGACAUAACCAGCAACACCAACAUUCUUCGUCACCUAGAGGCCGUAAUUUCCAUCAACAUCAUACUUCGCAUCAAUAUAAUCGUGAUAGGUACUUUUCUAAGGGUUCUAUUCCUUCAUCUUCAUCCAGUACAAAUCAACACAACUACGAUCAGCAACAUAAUUCUGUAGCACCUACUACUGCUGGCACAGGGCGCACACAACAUAGUGGUGGACAUUAUCAACAUUACAAUAAUCGUCAAUAUGAAAAUGAAAAUCAACAAAUUGAGCCACCUGCACCACCAACACCAGUUGUACGUAGCUCCAAACGCUACUCAGUUCAAAGCCGCAGGGAGCUUCCUGACCCUGUCCUGAAUUUUGGUGGAUUAUCUAAAACACCUCAGCCACAGCCUCCAGCUUCUCAGCAACAAAAUGGGUUAGUGAUGCAAGACCAACAAAUUCAACCUGCGUCUCAACAAUUACAACAGCAACAACCAAUCCAAAUUCAUCAACAACCACCACCACCAUUGCAAAUACAGCAGUAUCACCAACCCUUACAACCAAUACAUCAUGGCAUGGUACUUGAUCACAACACUGGUAUGAUGGUUAUGGCUGCUGCUGAUCCAUCCAUGUACCAUCAUCAAAUGUAUGCUACACCCCAGUAUGCAACUGGAGUAGCACCAGGUCCAGCAACUGGUAGUGCUGAUGACCCAAAUGCAGCAGCAGCAGCAGCUGCUGCAGCUGCUCUUCAGAUGCUUGCAGCUCAAGCAGCUGUUUACCAACCAGUACCAACAGGUGCGACAGGUGUAACAUCGCCACCACCUGGAACUCAAUCUUUGCAACAACCAGAAACCUUCAUGACUACUUAUUAUCAACCACAACAACAGCCACAACAACAACCUCCCCCAAGACGUGUCAAUCUGGCUAUACCCAUUGUGGCACCGCCUCCAGAACCUAAUCAACAGCAAGGGAAUUCAAAAACCAAUGUAUCUACUACACCGCCACCUACUGCAGCUUCAACCAACUGAGAACGCUUCUAUAACUAACUAUCAUUAUAACUACUACAAAAUAUUGAAACUUUUUCGGUUUUUUUAACAUUUUCUUAGUUGUAUACAAGAACUAUUUGGUUAAUAUUUGGUUUUUAAUCUAUACCAUUAUCUUAGAUAGCGGUAUCAACUGAUUCUGUGUUUAAUUUUGUUUUAAUUAUCUUUUAUUACUAUUCAAUGAUCAUUAUUUUAUACUUCGUUCAAGAAACGAAUCAAAUUAUAUAAUUUUUUUAGGAUGCAUGACCACAGUACUACACUGUACAAAACACUUAGGUAUCUAAUUUAUCUCAGUUUAUAAUUAUUUUAUUGUUUGUAAAUCCUAUUAUCGUCUUAUUAUCAAAAAUAAAUUAAAAUACCGAUAAACCACUGAAUCUAAUAAAUAAUUGUUUUGAUAACAUUGUAUU